AUGACAUGUGGUCUUUCAAAUCCUCAACAAUUUUGGGAUAAAUACAAAAAUGAUAUAGCGGACGAUAUAUUGCACAGAUUACAACAGCAAAAUCCCAAUGUCACGUACAAUGAUUUAAUUUACAAUGAAGUUUUGACAAAAAUUGAAGACCAGGUUAAAACAAUUUCUGGAAAGGAUUUAUCAGAWUAUGGAAUGAACAGACCACAGAGAAUUGAGGAAAUCAGUAGCGAUUUAAUACGGGAGCUAGAUUACGAUACUGCUUCCCUACAACAACAAUUAACAGAGUCUGUUCCACGUUUGAACCCAGAAAAAAGGUUAGUAUUUGACAAUGUUGUUAAAAAAAUCAAAGAUGGCGAAGGUGGUUUGUUAUAUUUGGAUGAACCUGAAGGCAAGGGAAAAACCUUUCUUUUAAACUUGCUUUUAGCCCAUAGCCUAAAAGAUAAAGGAAUCGCAGUAGCAGUUGAAUCUUCCGGAAUAGCCGCACCUCUGUUCAAUGGUGGUUGA